CAUGCAUACAAACUACAUUCAACAUCUAUAAAUUAUUAAUAGUAUAAAAACCCUUAAAAGAAAGCACUGCAAGUGCAAAAUUGGUGAUGGCGCUGUAAUUCUUAGAACGGGCCAAAUAAUUCUCUCCUACCAAUAAGAGGGGAACGAGAGUAACUUAAACCCACAAAAAAAAAAAAAAAAACGCAUUGGUUUGGUCGGGGAAAUUCCUUUUAAUUACUUUGAUUUUGUUCCUCUCAGUAAAAUCGACAAGUUAUUUCAGUAAUAUUACAAAAAUGUGGCAGGCGCAACAGAUAGCAGCAAUACAAAUAGCAAAUCAAAUGCUUUAUGCGAUGUCGGCACCAUCAAGCUACUCCUUGAGUCAGCGGCCGCCACAUUUAGCACAACAUGCUAUGGAAGACAAUGCUGCAGACACAGACGACGAGGAUGAUGAACAGUUACGCACGCUUUUUGUUGGCAAUUUGGAUGAUCGAGUCACCGAAGAUCUACUUUAUGAGGUUUUCCUGCAAGCAGGGCCAGUCGAAGCGGUACGGAUACCAAAAGACAAUAGUGGCCGUCAACGUAGUUUUGGAUUCGUUGUUUAUUCACAUCGUUGUACUCCGCCUUAUGCUAUCAGGUUAUUUGCCGGGUUAGCGUUUUACAGGAAAAUGGUAACAAUUAAGCUUCAAGAAGAUCCGAAUGCAUCCAAUAAACGACGUUCACUGGCCACUGAUUGCGAGCGAUACACACCCCGCCCAGGUGAUAAUAAUAUGUUACGCAGUACGAGCUAUCCAAGUUUUUAUGAUCCAAGUUUAAACGAAAACAAUACCUCAACGCAAUUUUCAAACCCGUUUCGGACAAAUGCACCUGACUGGACAAAGGGUAACAGCGGUAGAGGUCGAGACAGAGGUGGCAGAGAACGCGAACGAGAAGUUGACAAUGACCGCGGCGCAAGACAUUCAAACUCGCACUCCCGUUCACAUCCCUAUAAACGUGAUGAACGUCGGCAGCGUGAUGAAAGUCAGCGUCAGCGCAGAUAACAGAGGGUAGCCGAUGGCGGCAAAGAAGUUGGUGCCAUUGCAAAUGAUGGAAAUUAAAGACAUACCACAAAUAUUGUUAAUGAUAAUCACAGGUAGGGGCAGUAUACGUUGACAUUCAUUGCUCGCUGAUAUACAUACAUACACAACUUCCAUCAACCAAAAUAAUUUGGAUCCUUGGCCUAAUUAUAAGUGGCUUUUCAAAAUAUUAUUUAAGAAAUUUGGUAUAAUUUGAAAUUGAAUUGAUACAUGAUUAUAAAUUAACUUUUAUCUCUUGUAGAGUUUUAAUUAUAAAAGCAAAUAAAAUAAGAAAUUUAUGGCACAUCAACUUUAA